AUCAGGAAUAUUCAUUGAGCUAUUUCGAAGCCGUCGAAGGCAGAUUGAUCUAGAAUUGCUCACACUUUGACUUUUAAAAAUUAAAAGACAAUCAUAUUAAUUAACAUUGCAACAAUGUUUGGGGUAAGACGAGCUCUUCUGUCCAGUACAGUGAAAGACGCAAUUGUGAAGGCGAAACAUACGCUUCCCGAUUUACCUUACGACUACAAAGCUUUGGAACCUGUUAUAUGCGCUGAAAUCAUGCAACUUCAUCAUUCGAAGCACCACGCGACUUAUGUAAAUAAUUUAAAUGCUGCUGAAGAAAAAAUGAAAGCAGCUGUUGCCAAAGGCGACGUUACCGCGCAGGUUGCUUUAGCACCUGCUAUCAAAUUCAAUGGUGGUGGCCAUGUGAAUCAUUCUAUUUUCUGGUGUAAUCUUUCUCCAGGUAGCAGUAAACCAGAUGCUGCGCUACUUAAACAAAUUGAAAAGGAUUUUUGCAGCAUGGAAGAAAUGAAGAAACGAUUAUCUGAAAUGACUGUUGCAAUUCAGGGCUCUGGUUGGGGUUGGCUUGGGUAUUGUCAAAAAUCAAAAUGUUUAAAGUUAGCAACUUGUGCUAACCAAGAUCCAUUACAAGCUACAACUGGUUGGACACCUCUUCUCGGCAUCGAUGUUUGGGAGCAUGCUUAUUAUUUGCAAUACAAAAAUGUUCGUCCCGAUUAUGUUAAAGCAAUUUUUGAUAUCGUUAACUGGAAUGAUGUCAGUGCUCGUUUCAAAGCUGCUAGUGGCUGUUAAAGUGUAAAUUGGUAAUAAUUGAAUCUAAGUAUGAUAGCGUUAAAAGUGAUAUUUACUUAGUAGGAAUCUUUUCCAAACAAUAAUUUUAUAUUUUCCAUUGUUCCAUUUGUUUUGAAAAAGCAUUUGUGAUUUUAUAUACACUUAUUUCAUAAGUAUAAUGUAGAUAUCGUGCAUACGUGUAAUAACGAACGAAAGGCUAAUAAACUCUAUGGAAAUGA